AGCUCGACGCUUAGCGAGACCGGACCGGGCCUGCAGCAUGCGCUGAAAUCUUUGACAUCACUCCAGGCAAGGGAAAGAGCAGCCACCAUGCUUAGUUCACGUGUCGGGCGCUCUUUCCUACAUUCGGGCAGGGAGAGAGCGGGACUGCUAAUUUCCUCGCGCACCGCACUCACUCUGGACACAAACUCGACCUGCAGCAUUCCCCGUGGCAACUUCCUCGCGUCGAAAACCACAACAAGCUUGUCAUUUCAAUCUCCAUCUCCAUCUCGGCGCCAAGCAAGCUCGGACUCCAGCUCGCACUCAUCUCCACCGCCUCCCCCCUCAGACAACGACAGUAGCAGCAGCACCAGCACCAGCGGGCGUAUCCGCAAUUGGCGCGGCAUGGCGCAGGAGGACAUCUCGCGCUACCUGCGACAGACGCACGACCGCGUCUUCGAGCACAACCGUUCGUGGGCGGCCGAGCAGGCGCGCAAGGACCCGGACUUCUUCUCCAAGAUCUCGGCCGGGCAGAACCCCGAGUACCUGUGGAUCGGGUGCAGCGACUCGCGCAUCCCGGCGGAGCAGAUCACGGGCUUGGAGCCGGGCGAUGCCUUUGUGCACCGCAACAUCGCCAACCUGGUGUGCAACACGGACCUCAACGCCAUGAGCGUCAUCACGUACGCCGUGCAGCACCUGCAGGUUAAGCACAUCGUCGUGUGCGGCCACUACGGCUGCGGCGGCGUCAAGGCCGCCAUGACCGCCACCGACAUGGGCCUGCUCAACCCGUGGCUGCGCAACAUCCGCGACGUCUACCGCCUGUACGAGCGCGAGCUCGACGCCAUCCCCGACGAGGCCGCGCGCUACGACCGCCUCGUCGAGCUCAACGUCAUCGAGCAAUGCCGCAACGUCAUCAAGACGGCCGCCGUCCAGCAGUCGUACGCAAAGAACCACUUCCCCAUCGUCCACGGCUGGGUCUUUGGCCUCAACGACGGCCUGCUCAAGGACCUCGAGAUCGACUUCCCCCAGAUCCUGCGCGACAUUCAGAAGAUCUACAACCUCACUGACAGCAAGUAGACUUUUGGUCUCCAGCGGCGCUAGGCUGAUGGGUGAUUCCUCUGGCCUGUAUAGUUUUGGUAUCUACUUCUGUGCUGGGGAACUGUUUUGUCCAACGACAGAGAUCGGCUUUCACUCGGCAUCUUCCAGGUUAUCGGGGCUAGAUUGGAUAGAGUAAGUAGACUAUUUCUAGACAUGAAUUUUGAGAAUGACAUUAUUCUCAUAUUAUACACGACUAUUCUCCGUAUACGUGAUGAAAUCCAUCACAUGCAUAAUUAGAGACGGCGAUUUUGAGUCUUGGUCGAUAAUCCCAAAUCCAAUAGUGUGAUAACAGGUUUCUCGCCACGGAUAAGCUUUCUGUAUCGUGGAAGGCAGACAAGCCUAGUAUAUCUGCUGGAAAUUAUUACGCAGUGCCCCCUUCGUUAAGGCUCGCCUACUAGCUCCUUCGACUGGAUAGUCGAAUCAUCC